CACUUCGUCCGCGGCAAUUUGGCAGCAAUUCCAACACGCAGAGGGAACGAGGCGCUGCUCGUACCGCUCCCUUGUCGCAGCGGCUGCUGCAGAGGAGCGCUUCGGCGCUGUUCAGGGACGAGCAAGAGCGGGCCGCGAACGUUAUUUAGACCGUUCUGAAUUGAAUGGUGGUUUGAACUUCGGAGCGGAUCGCACACGUUGUUCGAUUUGAGGGAUACUCUGGAGGAGUGGGGCCGUGAUCGAUCAGACGGGGCAGGAAGAAGGGAGAUCUGGUGGAGGUCCUGGUCAUGGAGAGGGAAGGGACGGACGGACGGAAGGAAGGCGAGAAGAAGCGGCAGGUGGGUUGCAGGUUUGGCACGGGCAUUUGCAUUUAAAGGACGGGCGAGAAUUGUCUGUCGGUGCGAUGCGGGCUUGAGAUUCGAGUCGAGAGUGCAGAACUCGGUCCGCUGACAGCUCUCGCGCCUCUGAGCACAUGCGAAGACCGGACCCGGGAGCGGGCGGUUUCGUGUCUGGAGGCUGCCGCGGCGAUCAAACGCUUCGAUCGGAAUGUUGACCGGAAUCUCGAAAGGUUCCUGGCUCGGGCCGCAGCUCUGCCAUAGGGCGGAGUGAUCGAGCGAGGUCUGAUACUAUUAGACGUGGUGGAGACUCAGUAUAUGAGCCUCGUGUCUGAGAGCGUUUUCUCUUCCUGAUUCAUCGUCAAGAGCGUCCGCGCGAUCUGUCACUCGUGCAUCUGUCGAAGGAGCGAAGUGCUUUCAUGCGAAGUCCGUCCAACUUUCUCAUCGCUCGCGGCAGCAUUCCUCCCGACCCGUUCGAACGGUGCGAGGAAGCGAGCUUUCUGAUGAUUGCAGCUUUUGUUGGCGGAGAGGCUAUUGCCUGGUGGGAGGACGCGGAGUUCGCCGUGCAAGAAGUUGGCGCCGCCGCCGUAGCUCUCUUGUCGUGAGAGAGGCCGAGAAGCUUUCAUGUUCGAGAAGCGCUCGCGGCUGAAGAAAGAAGGUGGCCGCCAGUAACUCACUAGGAUCGUCGAGGGGCACUCCUCGACAUGUGCGGUCUUCGUGCUACUCAGUGAACGAUCGAAAUCUCACGAGUUAGCUCGCAACCGUUCUGUGAGUCUGUCCCAUCAUGAGCAUCAUGCUGUGCGACCUUCUGCCCGAGCUGUGGAGUACGUUGCCUCACCAUCUUACGGAGGAGGUGCUUCGCAAGCUGCCGUUCCGCAUCCUCAUCAAGAUGCGUCUGGUGUGCAAGGAGUGGAACAACUUCAUUCUUAACGGGGGCUUACCCCCGAACCCUUGCACCAGGAACUUGCUCAUGUCUGUUGCAGAAGAUUCUGCCUUCCUGACCUCGUACAACAAGGAGGUCAAGAAGUGGCAGCAGCUAUCUCUGAGCUUCGUCGACGUCGAUCUCUCCGCCUUCACUUUGGUAGUGUCCGACGGUGGCCUCCUGUGCUUUCAGUGCGACAAGAGUUCCGAUGAGUUCGUCGUCUGCAAUCCUUUGAGCCAGAAGUGGAAGCGGCUGCCGAGAGUGAGUGUCAGCUCUGCGCCGCCGGAGUCGCUGUCCUGGGACGUGGCCGGGCUCAUGGUCGAGAAGAACGGCAUGAGUUACAAGCUCAUUGUCAUCGGCCGGUUCAAGCACGAGGAGGAGAACGGCUCUCUCGAGACUGUGAUGAGCAUCUAUGAGUCAUCCACGGACGCGUGGGUUGAUGCGGACUCGCAGCACAUGAUCGCCCGAGGGAGUUUGAUCUCCAUUCGUGGUAAGGCCGUGUCAUCCCGCGGGUCUCUUUAUACCAUGGCUCGCCAGAAGGGUGACCAUUUCGUCGAUGACUGGUACCUGCUCAAGUACGAUGUGCAGCUGAAGACUUGGAGUCGCCUUGCAGCGCCGUUGGGCAUUGGCCAGCCCGAUGUCUUCGAGCAUCAGGGCCAAAUUUAUCUGGUGGCUCAGUGCUGGGAAGCUAUUCUUGGGCCUGAGCUCUGCGUGUGGAAGCUCGAUAAGGCCGGACAGGUUUGGUCCAAGAGCAAGUCUAUAUUCAGAGACUUGUGCGUUGUGUUCACUCGGAUGCCCGAUCAUUGGAGUGACAAGUCGCGGCUCCUGGGCGAUGACACCUCCGUCUGCAUAUGCAUCGGACAAGAGAGGUCCGUUUUCGCUGUUGGCAUGGAGUCCAGUGGAACCAUCGCAGUGUGGGCCUACGAUCUGAAAACCGAGUGCUGGAGUUCUCUGCCUCCAGUGAGCUCCGAUGAUUUUGUUCCCCAAGUUGCCUGUGCUUUCCAGCCUUCGCUUAGUGCGCGGGUUUGAUCUGAACGUUUAUCUUAGAAUAUUUUCGGCGUGAUGUCUUGCCCUGCUCCGUGGUGGACGUUGCUGUCCAUCUCCCUCAUUCAGUUUUCGAUCAUCUGGGUUAGAAGGUCUUCCUCAUGAUCAUGUACACCGAUUUAUGAGAUUUACUUGGAGUUUGGAAUCCUAAAUCCUGCGUGCUU